AUGGGGGACACUUCCCGCCGGGAAGACACGGAGAACAAUAGCCGAUCUUGGUGUCCGACAGACUACGAGCCAGGGUCUCCCGGAACGCAAGUGUUGAGUUUUCUGGUGCCGAACAUACUCCCGGAGAAACCUCCGAGCACGUGCUGUCUCUUUGGGGUUUGCAUUGGGGCACCCGGCCCUGCCGGGAAUACCAGGAACAUGCUUGCCAAUUCAGCCAGCGUGCGGAUUCUCAUCAAGGGAGGCAAGGUGGUGAACGAUGACUGCACCCAUGAGGCUGAUGUCUACAUUGAGAACGGCAUCAUCCAGCAGGUGGGCCGUGAGCUCAUGAUCCCUGGAGGGGCCAAGGUGAUUGAUGCCACCGGGAAACUGGUGAUCCCUGGAGGCAUAGACACCAGCACCCACUUCCACCAGACCUUCAUGAAUGCCACGUGUGUAGAUGACUUCUACCAUGGGACCAAGGCAGCGCUUGUUGGAGGCACCACCAUGAUCAUCGGCCACGUCCUACCUGACAAAGAGACCUCCCUCGUGGAUGCCUAUGAGAAGUGUCGGGCACUGGCCGAUCCCAAGGUGUGCUGUGACUACGCCCUCCAUGUGGGGAUCACCUGGUGGGCACCUAAGGUGAAAGCAGAAAUGGAGACGCUGGUGAGGGAAAAGGGUGUCAACUCUUUCCAGAUGUUCAUGACCUACAAGGACUUGUACAUGCUUCGAGACAGUGAACUGUACCAAGUGUUCCACGCUUGCAAAGACAUUGGGGCAAUCGCCCGAGUCCAUGCUGAAAAUGGGGAGCUCGUGUCUGAGCUGGAAGCUGAAGCUACUCACCGUGUUAUCACCAUUGCCAACAGGACUCACUGUCCGAUCUACCUGGUCAACGUGUCCAGCAUCUCAGCUGGUGAUGUUAUCGCAGCUGCUAAGAUGCAAGGGAAGGUUGUACUGGCUGAGACCACCACUGCCCAUGCCACACUGACAGGCUUACACUACUACCACCAGGACUGGUCCCACGCAGCUGCCUAUGUCACAGUGCCUCCCCUGAGACUGGACACCAACACUUCAACCUACCUCAUGAGCCUGCUAGCCAAUGACACUCUGAACAUUGUGGCAUCAGAUCACCGGCCUUUCACCACGAAGCAGAAGGCUAUGGGCAAGGAGGAUUUCACCAAGAUCCCACAUGGAGUGAGCGGCGUGCAGGACCGCAUGAGUGUCAUCUGGGAGAGAGGAGUGGUUGGAGGAAAGAUGGAUGAGAACCGUUUUGUGGCCGUUACCAGUUCCAACGCAGCUAAGAUACUCAACCUGUAUCCCCGCAAGGGCCGUGUCAUCCCUGGGGCUGAUGCUGACGUGGUGGUGUGGGACCCAGAAGCCACAAAGACCAUCUCAGCCAGCACCCAGGUACAGGGAGGAGACUUCAACCUGUAUGAGAACAUGCGCUGCCACGGCGUGCCGCUGGUCACCAUUAGCCGUGGGCGUGUUGUGUAUGAGAAUGGUGUGUUCAUGUGUGCUGAGGGCACAGGCAAGUUCUGUCCCCUGAGGUCCUUCCCAGACACUGUCUACAAGAAGCUGGUCCAGAGAGAGAAGACCUUAAAGGUGAGAGGAGUGGACCGCACUCCCUACCUGGGGGAUGUCGCUGUGGUUGUGCAUCCUGGGAAAAAAGAGAUGGGAACGCCACUUGCAGACACUCCUACCCGCCCAGUCACCCGACAUGGGGGCAUGCGGGACCUUCAUGAAUCCAGCUUCAGCCUCUCUGGUUCUCAGAUUGAUGACCAUGUUCCAAAGCGAGCUUCAGCUCGGAUCCUCGCUCCCCCCGGAGGCAGAUCAAGUGGCAUUUGGUAA